AAAAUUAGAUUUUGUUAUGACCCAUCCACUCCCAGUCUUUAUUCAGGCCUAAUUUGAUGGUGUCCAGUUUGCAAAUUAAUUCCAGUUUUGCAGUUUCAUAUUGGAGUCUGCUUUUGAAGUUUUUUUGUUGAAGAAUUGCCACUUUUAAGUCUGUUGUUGAGUGACCAGGGAGGUUCAAGUGUUCUCCUACCGGUUUUUGAAUGUUGUAAUUCCUGAUGUCAGAUUUGUGUCAAUUAGUUCGUUUGCAUAGAGACUGUCCAGACACAAAUCUGCAUCUGACCAUUCACACACUUUGCUUGAUUUUUUUGGAGUCUGGCUGUUUUUUUUUCCUGGCAACUAUGAGGGACAUUUAAGAAUGUGGUAUAACGAAUGUAGGAGAGCAACAAACUGGCCUGAUUUAAGUGGAAGCCUUGUGGUGAAAAUUUUAUGCCACAAUUACCUCUGUAAAAAUUAUUUUGCCAGCAGCUAAAGUGGGGUUGGUCUAUAUAAAGAAUUUUCUAAUGUCUUGGGUGUGAAAGGUUUGAGAAGAAAAGUACCUUCUCUUCUAUACCAAGGUACUAAUAUAGAGCAGAUCUUUGUAUACUACAUGCUGUGCAAAAGCACUUACUUGUACCUGUUUCACCAUUGAGUUCUGGAUGCUAGUUUUUAGAGUUGAAGCUGCUGUGAAGGUGGAUUUUCAGAAUGUGGAGGGAAAGUUUCAGAUGGACCAUACUGAAACAAUUUUGAGACCAAAAAGAAAGAGAAGUACUUGUGGCAUCUUAGAGACUAACAAAUUUAUUAGGGCAUAAGCUUUCGUGGUUGUUAGUCUCUAAGGUGCCACAAGUACUCCUCUUUUUGCUGAUAUAAACGAACACGGCUACCACUCUGAAUUUUGAGACCGUGGCGUGGUCUGUAGCCAGGCACUCCAGAAAUCAAAUUCUUGCUGUGACAUAAACGCCCUCUGUGUCUCUGGGUUAGGCACUCUGCCUCAGUUGCACCAUCUGUAAAAUGUGGAUAAUACUGCACACUGUUUUGUAAGGACUAAGUAUUACACGUUUUGAAGAUGAGUAAUGCUAUAGAAGUACUAAAUUAUUAAUACCUCUACAUUGAGGUAUCUUUUGUAAAUUUUCAUCUCCAUUUAUCAGUCCUGUAUUUUGUUUAAUGUUUCUCCCAUCUGCUUGCUCUAGGGGUGGUGCCAUGGACCCAAGGUGUGGUCUUCGUGCACACAUCUUAUCUGCUCUGGGAGUUACCUGUUGGGAAAGCCAGCAGUAUUGGGUCUAUAAUACUGACUUCGUACCUAUCAUUUUACUGACAACAGGAUUGUUUUUUUGUUGCAACGUGUUCGGUAAAAUGGAGAAGUCUAUGUAAACACAGAUUUGCAAGAAUAGCAAUUAAAAUAUAGAAUUAUUGGCCAGUAAAUUUGCUUUUGUCUAAAGUUGCCCAACUGUGGAAGGCUCUUUUAAAAAAUAAAAUAAUCUGUUCAAACACCCAGUUCUUUACAAUAGAAAAUACAGGUUGUGCAAGGUUCUGUUCAUUUUGGCAUAUCAGCCUGUCAGUUUUCCAUUGGAGGGGUGGAUAGUGCCAGAUUUGAAGAAGGUUUUUGAAAUUCUGUUGUCACGUGGUAAAUUAACAACAUGGAAAGAUUAGUGCUGCUGUGCCAGGCAAAUAAAGUGACAUAUUGCAAGAUUUCAUUAAGUGAUAGGAAGGCUAUUAGAAGGAAGAUAGUUUAGCCUUUUGAUGUCAGGUAACUUCGCUGAAUGUUGGCUUCAUUGGGCUGUUCUGUUUUGUGGACCCUAAUAUAACCCUUUCCACCUUGGUUGUAGGUUUUACUGUGUUUUGGACACAGUUUGUGUUAGAGGAAAGUGUACUUAUUUCUCCAAUUGAAGCUUUGCAGCGUUGAUUCUGGCUCUGUUAAAUGUUUACCUGAAGAUAAGUGCUGCUCCUUAAAAUAUUACAUUUCAGCUCAGUUUUGCAGACGGUAACAAUUUUAAAUGUAUAGCCUCUGGGUACAGUAACUGUACUGAUAAAAACCAGUCUUCUGUUGCUGGCAUUCACUUAGCAGGGUUCUCCCAUAUGAUUAGCAGUACUGAUGUACAGUCAUUUGUUUCACAUGUCAGGUGAUAAAAUGAGUAUUGGGCUCACAGGGUAUAGAUUCAUUUGACAGAGAGAUUCUUAUUUCCCUUGGUGUGAACAGUUAGGCGUUCCAGCAUGGACUGCUCAUGGAUAAAUAGCAUUGGCAUUCUGUGUGGGAAAGUGUUGACUGCUCAAUACCACAGGGCUGUGGGGUUGGUUGGCAUAGCUAUGGGUGUUGUCUAUCAGGCAUUACUUUAAAGGUUUCACUGUAAUAUGUACUCAUUGGCUGUGUCUAUACAUGGAGCUGGGGGCGUGAUUCUCAGUUUGAGGUGACAUACUUGUUCUAGCUCUCAUCAAGCUAGUGCGCUAAAAAUAGUAGUGUAGCAUUGAUUGUAUGAGUAGCAGCAUGGGCUAGUUGCCCAGAGUACAAACUUUUUGGGCCCUACGGGUGCGUACUAUUUUUCACAUGCUAGCUCAAUGACCAUGAGCAUGAGUGUGCCUACUUGAGCUGGGAAUCCACCUCUCCCCCUCUCCCUUGCCUCCCAUCUCCAUGUGUAGAGAUGGUCUUAAUGUGUCUCUCUUCAGUUAUGGGCCAAUAUGGCUGUUAACAUGUCUUCAGAUAAUGGUAAAUCAUGUGGCAUAGUGUGCACCUUGAAGAUGAUUACUAAUCAACACAUGUUUAGGUAUAAGGCUACUGGAAGCAGUGGUGUGUAUAUAUAAAUGUUACAUGUGUAUAAUAUUGUGUACUUAAAUAAAGAGAAUAUUUGUGCUACUUGGAAUUCCUUUUUGGAAUAAAGGGUUGUUGUUUUUUAACAGACCAUUCCAAUGGUUUGGAAUUCUCUUAUACAUUUAUGUCUCGCACACACACUCUUCCUCUUUGAUAUGCUGUUAACUGUUCCCUUCUGUUUUGGUGCUACCAUUGCUUUAUGCAAGAAAUAGAAUGUGUUCUAACUAUGAAGACAAUACCUGUUUUUAAAAGAAAAGGGGGGUUUAUCUCAAGAAUGAAACAGAGUUGCGAUUUGAAACAUUGCACAAAAUGGAUUGUUGGCGGAUGACAAAUGCGUUGGUAAAAGCUUUUUUAUUUUUACUUUUUAACCAUCUUGACCGUGUGUGCCUAUUUGUAUUGCGGAUGUGGGCUGCAACUGUUUGGGGUGAGAGGGAGUUGAUAUGUGUUAGUAUGGUUUGAAAUGUAAUGCUAACCAGAAGCAGUGUCCCCUCCCCCUCUCCUUUUUCCAAACAAACUGUUCUUGCCAAAAUUUUCUACCUAUCACAACUUUUGCUUUUUUUCCAGCACAGUAAAAUAUCAUGACAUAACUUCUGUCCCACAGUUACUUCCCUCUGCUAGCCACCUGUAAUCUCUCUAGAAUGGUAUAGAAUAUACAUAAAAUCAUCAGAUCUUUCCUUUGGCUUUAAAAAAUAAAUAAGAUCAAGUUGGGUAUAUUGUAAACCUACCUUAAUUAUUUGAAGACUAAAUUUUGUUUUGAAAUGCAUGUAAUGUACUAUUUAAUCUUUUUUUAAAUACUUGCAUUAUUUUAGUUUUUUUCCAAAACGUCUGUGAAAAUGAAUGGAGGUUGCAGUGCAGGUCUGAAUCUGAAAGGACAUAGGACCAGAUGAUAUCUUGAUGGAAUACUAAACAUGACUGCCAAACCUUUGUCAGAGAGAAUGUGAUUUUACUUUCAGACUUCUCUAACUUUUUAUUUAGUGCUAUUCAAUGACAAAUAGCUGGAAUUAUAAGACAGUUCAUAUAAAAUUGAAAUGUGCAUAAAUUGGCAAUUUAAAUCAUUUCUCCACAGACUAAUAAAAUGUUAUGGGGGUAUGGUGAUGGUAUCAGAGGUUUUUGGCACUAUUUAUGCACGUGCUGAGUACCCAGUUAUGUAUUAGGGUGUCAGCUGAAGGCUCAGAAUAAGAAGAGGUGAACAGAAAGCAAACAAGGUUCUGAAAGUAAAAUGCUUGUGUGCAGAUUUUCAGUGGUGAAUGUUGUACCUUCAGUUAAAUCAUUUUCUUUUGCAAAAAUGUAUUACGUCUGUGGUUGAGAUUAAAAGGACAAGUUUUUGAUUUUGUUUAAAAUUCUGUCGCUCACAAUACUUGCGUUGUGAAAUUCAGUCAUGGAACUCUUUCUGAGCCAAAACUGUCACCAGUUUUCUGUGACAGAUUCCACUCCUCUCUUUCUGCCAUUCUCUAUACUGGAAGGACUCUAUGUUGUGUUUGUUUUUACCUUUUUAAAAAAAUUUUAUUGGUUUUAGUGUCGCUUUGCUUCAGUUUGAAGUGUAACUUUCACUAAUAACUGCAAUAAAAAAAAAAGCUUUGCUCCAAACUUCAUUGUUGUAUCCAUAACUCAGUUUAUUUUGUCAAAUCUUCCAACAUGUUCGGAAGUAUGUAGAAUGAAUACAGAAUGAGAGAGCAGAUUUUACACAACCAGUAUCAUGGCGGGGGGAGGGAAGGGAAGGAGUAGUAGAAGUAGGGGCAGAAGGUUGGGAGGAAUCCUAGUAUUGAAUAAAUGACCCAUGUUAUCAUUUUUAAGAGUACUCAAAAUCGUAAUAGAUAAAGAAUUGGAAUAUGUCUUCAGUUUUUCAGGGCUGUCACUUUUUUUAAAUCAGAUUAGCACUUUUUAUUGCAAGGAGGUCCUUGCAACAAGGACCAUGUCUUUUGUACAGUAUCUAGUACAAUGGAUCCCUGAUCCUGAUUUCUAGUCUUAUCCCCACACACUAUACAAAAUCCCUUCUGUGUAGAACCUAAAGGCAUGAAAUGACUGUUAGUGUUAUCAUUGGUACCUUUUAGGACAGGUCUUUCUAGAAAGGUUCAGGAAGGGGACAGGGUGUGGUGGUAUGGAAGGUGGCGCAGUGUCUGAAGUGGGUGCAGGCAAAGGGAGUGAAGUGAGAAGAGAAAUGGGGGGAGCAUCUAGAGUUGGAGGGAGGUUUAGUUGUUUGUGAGGGAAGAGGUUGGCAGGAGCAGAGCUGGGAAGAACUUUGAAGGGGAGGGGACUCUGGGUGCAGAGAUUCAGGGAAGGAAUGUGGUCAGAACAAGGGGAGGGGAAGAUGCUAUCAGUAGCACCCUGGAUAGGCUGAACACAGAAAGAUGAAGUAGAUGCUGCUUUUCUUUUUCAUCUUACACCAGCUACACGUCAGCUUUCUGAUGUGCAGUGACUUAGGCAGAUCAUGCAGCAAUGGCCUUCCUCAUAGCUCUCCAGCGACACCAUGAAAACAUUCGUGCUGCAGGAGGGCUUGAGGAGAGGAGUUGUUCAUUUGUAUUGCUGUAGCACCUAGGAGCCCCGGUAAUGGAGCAGGACCCCAUUGUGCUAGGUGCUGUACAAAUACAGAACAAAAAGAUGGUUCCUGCCUCAAAGAACCUGGUUGCUCCACCAUUCACUGAUGCUCAGAACCCAGCAGACUUACGUCUACACAGAGAAGAGAUGAAGGCCUAGCCUACACCUAAGACUUCAGUAUAGGCAGCCGCAGUGUCGGCUACACCCACACACAAGUACGGUGUAGGGACAGUUUUCAAAAGUAAGACCUUGAGGUUCUUAAACUUCUUUUAAGGCAAAGUUACAAUAAAAUGUUAACAUACUACAUUACUACGUAUCCUACAUUACUUAUUCAGGAUCUGGUGAAUAUUCAAAGAGCUAGGCUAAAGAUUUUGGCUUGCUGCCUGGGGAGCCGUCAUUCUUCUGAGUACACUAAAAAGGGUCACCAAAUUUCUAAAUACCUAGCCUCAUUUGGCGCAACUCUUGUGUACAUUCUUGUUAUGAAAGUUUUUUCCAUUAGAAGGACUGUACAUAUUUUACUAUACCGUAGUUCCAUAGGAGAAGUCACAUUUUUCCAGUAAUGUGCAAUACAAUAAAGAAAUUAACAUGUCAUUCUGUUUUAAAAUGUAAAUCCUUCACUGGAACAUUAAGUAAACAGGUCAGGGGAUUGCUAGGAAGCUGGCAUUUUGUCAUGAAAUUAAUGUUCUUUAAUAGCUUCCUCUCCAAAGCAUCUAAUUCCUGGACAGAACUACCACAUGUGUAAGUACGUUCCCCUUUCUCUGCAACCCCUCCAGCAUAGCACCUCUUCAGUAGCAAAAAUAUGAUGAAUAUUAACUGGAGUCAGAUGCCAUCUGUACAGUAAUAUAUAAUUUUGUUUUGAGCUACACAACUUGAAGAUGUAUAUCCCCUUUCUGAUACAGAGAUCCACUCAUCCAGAUCAGUUUUUGUCCAAAUCCCUAUCCCAGCUUUUCAUCUGAGAUGUUAAGAAAACAACCUUUUCAAUCAAAAUUGUAUAUAUCUUAGAAAUUAAACCUUUUUGUUCCAGCUUGCUCCUGGGUCAACUCCUCAAUGUGGUUAAAGGUCUAGAUGUCUUGUAUCCAGAUUUCAUAAAACGUUGGAUAAAGGUUGAAAAUAUGGGAUCUUUAUAUUAUUACAUAUCUCGUGGGAUUUAAAAUCAGGACCCAGGAACAGCUGUCCACACUGAGUAAUCUCCGUUCUUCCCCACAACAAAUAGUCACUCUGGAAUUUCCUAAGGCUUUUCUGUAAGUGAGCUUUUCCUGGUGCACCUGCGUGUCUGAGUUCUCUACCUUCUCAGAUGAUGCUCCCUUCCCCAGACUCCUCAGUAUCCUCUCUCCAACCCCACCCAGAACCUCUGAAUUGCACCAGAUCCUACCUCCCCCUUUCUCCUGCAAUCCCAGAUCCCAAAUAGCAUUGGGCCUCAAGCACUGAGGCCCUUCUCUCCUUCCAUCCCCUUGUUGCUAUGGCUCUCAUUCCCUGUAAACAAAGAGAAAAAGCCUCUGAUUGGCUCCUGGUGAGGAUGGUUGCCUGGCAACCCUCCAGAGCAUACUUAGUAACCACUAAUACAAAAAAAAAAAAAACACCCCACACAGCCAACCACUUGGCAGUGGGAGGCAGAAAUUCCAGAAGGAAGGUGGAGCAUUCGGAUGCCUGCAGUGGACAGGGCAGCCAGUCUGCUGUUUGUUUCUCCAUAUCUCCGCUUUAGCAAGCCGCUGACCUUGCUGAUAUGGCCACACUGAGUGUGAAGCCAGGACAGAGAUUUACAGUCCCAGACUGGCACAUCAAUGCUAACCUCAUCUCUACGAAUGCUGAGCGUCAGUGUUCUGCUUCCCAUCAGAUCAGGCAGGAAGCCAGGACUCUCCGUAAUGAAACUAACAACCAGACACAAUGGGACGAACAUGACAACAGAACACGGCUCGCUGAACGUAUCGACAGUGUGAACAGAUGGAAGGAGACGUUGGACAAAUGCCUCACAGACACAGACACUGAAAUUGAUGCCUUAGCCAAAAUGAAGGAGGCAGUGGAACGUGUGCUGCAGGCCAAGAACUUGCCCUUGGAUGUGGCGAUUGAGUGCUUGACGCUUCGGGAGAGCCGCCGAGCCAUUGACAUGGUGAAGGACCCCGUGGAGGACGAGCUGCACAAGGAGGUGGAGGUGAUCGAUGGAGCCAAGAGAGAUCUGCAGCAGAAAGUGAGCGAGGCCUUUGAGCAGCUCUGCCUCUUGCAGGAAGCACGCCAGCAGCUCAACUUUGAUCACCGGGGGAAAAUGGAAGCACUGGAGAUAGAUCGGGUCUGUUCCUCUCUCAAUGUCAACUCUCCCAACAUCUCGUUCAAGGUCAAUCCAACCCGGGUCCCAAUUGGAUCAACAACACCUCAGCAGUGGGACCAGUACAGCCAGUACAACACAGACCGAGCGGAAGCAGAAAUGAAAGCCUCCACUGAGCUGCGGGAAGCAAUAGCGCUCACCAUUGCCCAGACAAACAACGAGCUGGAAGCUCAGCGGGUGGCCACAGAGUUCGCCUUGCGGAAGAGGAUCUGGGAGUUUGAAAAAGCCUACGAUGAGCUGAAAUGGCAAGAGAAGAAUACCUUGGAGGAAAUUGCUGAGCUGGAAGAAGACAUCCGACACCUCGAGGAAGAUCUCAGGAAGAAAAUGUGGGAUCUGAAACUCGCGCACACUCGCCUGGAGACCCGGACUUACCGCCCCAACAUGGAGCUAUGUCGGGAUCAGGUGCAGUAUGGGUUAACUGAUGAGGUCCAUCAGCUGGAAGGCACCAUCGCCACCCUGAAGCAGAAGCUUGCACAGUCACAGGAUGCCCUAGACACUCUCUAUAAACACCUGUAUCGCAUCCAAACUGAUAUGGGCUACAAAGCUAACUCCCUGAUGCUGGACAACAAGUGCAUGGACAGCAGGAGAAAACUCACAGUCCCCGCUGAGAAAUUUGUGCCAGAGGUUGACACCUUCAAUAGAACCACUAACCGUACCCUCUCACCUCUGAAGAGCAGACAGCUGGAGCUGGCUUAAUCCACUGGGAACAGCAUUGGGCAAUGGAGCCACUCUGAAGAUAAAACUCCUAGCUACUCGGUUCCAUGCCAAGGAAAGCUGACAUCUGUGUCGUGUUAGAACAAUGUUAUUCUCCUGCCCCCAAAGUUGUUUUAUAACUGUCUGUCCCCUGCAUGAUUUGUAUAGCUUCUUGCACUCCAAGGAGCAUUAUAAAGAAUAAAGUCUGUCCCCAAGAGCACUUGUCAUCUGACAGCAUUGGAAG